AUGCCGGCUCCACGAGCGGCGCGCCAGACCAAGUUGAUGAGUCGCAAGUCCGAGGUGCGCGACCGGGAUCUGUACGAUGCACCUCUCGACGACUCGGACUCGGACAGUGCACCACCACCACCCAACAACAAGUACACCAAGUCGACGGGGAGUAACGCCACGACGACGGGCACAUCAAGAGGCGCAGGAACAGUAACCACAGGCCAUGCGACGAUCGAAUCACCCCGGAGAUCGGCACGUCAAGGCACCAACAGGAAUUCACCCGUUCCACCACCACCGCCUACCACGAGCUCAAGACAACGGACCGUAUCACCGUCCAAACACGCUGCCUCGGCUGCUGCAGCACCGCCACCACCGAGAGGGGCCAAGGUCGUUCCUCGAUCCCGAGCACGCGACGAGGACGAGGACGGCCGUGAUCACCCCGACCAAAAUAACGAUGCAGCGUGGGAUACCUCCACAAGGACGGGGACGCGUACAUCACCCAGAGGGAAACGACAAAGGACCGAUGCACCGAAGAUCGGAGGAGGCGAAGGCGGCGCAGCUUCCGACGCGAUCGCUUCGACGUCCCGGACCGGCUUUGUGGUCAGUCACGGGGAUGCGAGCGUGUGCCAUGGAAAUCUACUGACUUUUGGGAUCAUUUUCACCUCUCCGAACAGCCUCGAGCGGCGGCACAGCAAACUCAAGCGGCCAAGGCCAAGCCCAACUUUGCGCAUACACUCGGCAACACGUCCAACGACGAUGCCCAGCCGUUCGCGUUCACAACCAAACCUCCCACACCUCACAGCUCGCCUUCCACAAGUCGGGCGCCGAAAAAAGGGCGUGCAAAUGCGCCAAAGUCCAAAGUCAGUAAUAUUCACGAAGGCAGGUCGAUUGGCGCGAAGGCUGACGGACCUUCGUCUGCGUACUGUCCUCACUUUGUAGAACGCGCCCCGAGCAGCCAUGUCCAUGCGAGUUGAUGGAACGGCUCCGAUCGCUUCAAUUUCAAGACUGUCUCCACCGAGUCGACCAGUCGGGCAUUUGGCGCCGAUCCAUGCCGCCGAGACGCCCGUGCAGAACAAGAACCGAGCGUUUCGGCAGGGGGACGCGACACCGGCGACACCGGGCAUGUCCGUACGGAGAAGCAGUGUCAAAGGAAGUGGUCGGAGAGGGAGUAGUAUUGGCGGAGGGUUCGAAGGUGAGCAUCGCACUUUGCUCGAAACGGGCUCAAGACGCCUGAAAGCUAACGAGAUGCGAGUGCAUUCUAUCGGCAGUCCCACCUCAUGUUUCAGUACCCGAUGACAAAUUGUAUCGACAAACCAACGCCGAAGACCCCGUGGCUCGACGACUGCGGAGCAUCUUGUCGUGGACAUCCCAGCGGCAGCGCGACCGGGUGUUUGCCUCGACCUCGGUCUCACCCAAUUCGCGGGCCUGUGCGAGUGCGGUGAUCGAUCAGUUCAUCAGUGGGAUCUGCGAUUCGAGUAUCGACGUCUCGGUGCCGUUUCAGGUGAGUAGCGGACGCGUCCGCUUCGGGGUGGGCGCUCAAGAGCUGACUCGGUUCGUGCAUUUCUAGCCUGGGACGAGUGAUUCUUCCGCAAACGAUGGGUUGCCGCAACAUCCUCAAAACGAGAGCAACACGGCGCGACUCAUUGAAUGUAAAGCCAACCACGAUGCGUGAGUGUCUCGAGUCAGCUCGGUUGCCCUGAAAGCACGUGACUGACGUCGGCGAACCGUCAUUUCACAGCAUCGGCAAAGAGCAAGAGCGACGGAAAGAGCUCGAACGCAUCUAUAACGACUUCGCGCAUCGACGUGCUCAAGCGCGUGCUCUGGACCUCCCAACGAUCGAAGAGACCUCCCUCAGCUUCGACCUCUCGACCGCAACACCGACUUCGAUCGGACAAGCCGUCGAACUAGGCGCAUCAAUCCUCUCCAACCCGCCAUCGGACAAGGGCAAGGGCCGAGCCUCCGACGUCAUCGAAGACGAAACCUUGGCCUCGCUCUCAGACGUUCGGUUCGGAUUGGCUCAAUUCCGCAUCCUCAUCCACCGCUUGACGCAAUUCACCAAUGUCUCUUCCGCUUUUGUCGACGAGAGGAUCCGACAAGCCCACCGUGCCCUCAGUUUGGAAACGACAAGAGGCUUAGCGUCGACAGCUUCAACGACGACGAACAAGGAUGCUUCGAAUGGGCCUGUCGUCGGUGGGGUCGCUCAAUUGGGGUUAGCGGUCCCUUCUGGGUCGGGGUCGACGACAACAACGGCUACUCCAGGUCCGGAUGCCAGGGAUUUGCUUCGGGCGAUCGCGAAUACGGAUCUCAAAACGGGCCGCAGUCGACCGAGUGGCCCGUCGUGA